GCAGGCAACUGCCAAAUGGUGAAGCGUUGCUGCCAUGAAUGACGCAGAACGGGUUGGGUGGGGCCACACUAAAGUCAGUGUUCCUUUAAGCCAAUCAUAGACGAAAGAUAAGAAAAGGCAGAUGAAUGAUGUAUGUCCCAUCCAAUCGGGAUGAAGCUAGACUAUCUAUAUAAGUCGCAGGCAGAAAGUGGGUGUUGCUCACUGGGUGCUCCGGCUGUCAGAAGUAACAUCUUGUUCGGUGUGAGGACGCUAAGUGACCCGCCCCACUCGUCCGCCCUGAUCGCUGACAGCCGCACCGGAGCAGCCCAAACCCCUCGCAUCACUAACACCCUACUAUCUGCAGUUGCCGCUUUCUUGGUUUUAUAUCUGUAUCCGUCUCCCUGACGAUCUCUCUCCUCCGAUCAAGCAACUGCGGGACUUGUUGCUCCAGCCUCCACCCUCCCAGCGCUAGAGACAGGCCGAGCGGUCACACGUGUGGAGCCGUCUGACGAGUCCCAGAAGGAUCAGCUGUCACCGAGCACCCGACAUGGCCUCCCAGAUACCGGCCGCCACCUCGCUGGCCUCUCCGCGCUUCAGCAUCCUCUCCUGGCCGCAGAUCCGCCGCCUGGAUGCCAUCCUCGGGGAGAGUGUGCCCAUACACGGCCGCGGCAACUUCCCCACCCUAGCCUGCCGGCCCCGGCACCUAGUGCAGGUGGUCCGGGGCCGUCUAGAACAAAAAGGUAUUGUCGUUCACAAUGUGCGACUGAAUGGUUCUGCUGCAAGUCAUGUGCUGCAUGAAGAUAGUGGCUUGGGCUAUAAAGAUUUGGACCUCAUAUUUAUGGUUGACUUGAAAGGGCCUGGAGCCUUUCAGGUAGUAAAGCAUGCAGUUCUUGAUUGCCUCCUGGACUUCCUGCCUGCAGGUGUCAAUAAGGAGAAGAUCACACCCAUGACUUUAAGGGAAGCUUAUGUUCAGAAAUUGGUAAAGGUUUGUACUGAAAGUGACCGGUGGAGUCUAAUAUCCUUAUCAAACAACAAUGGAAAAAACAUGGAAUUGAAGUUUGUGGACACUCUAAGGCGUCAGUUUGAGUUUAGUGUAGACUCCUUCCAAAUAAUACUUGAUUCUAUGCUUAUCCAGCGUUCAGAGGCUCAAAUGUCUCAAAGCUACCACCCCACUGUGACUGGAGAAAGCAUGUAUGGGGACUUUGAGGAAGCCAUGGACCACUUGCGUAAUAGGAUCAUUGCCACCCGAAACCCUGAAGAGAUCAGAGGAGGUGGUCUACUCAAAUACUGCAACUUGCUUGUACGUGGCUUUACACCCAAGUCGGAGGUGGAUAUGAAAACCAUGCAGAGGUACAUGUGCUCCCGUUACUUCAUAGAUUUCCCUGACAUACGGGAACAGUUGCGGAAGCUUAAGUGCUAUCUGCAGGAUCACUUUGUCGGGAUGGAGGACAAGCGUUAUGACUGCCUGAUGACUCUUCACAAUGUAGUAAAUGAGAGUACAGUUUGCUUAAUGGGACAUGAACGUCGUCAGACGCUAACACUUAUUGCUUCUUUAGCUAUUCAGGUAUUAUCUGAGCAGAAUCUUGUUUCAGCCAUCCCAAACUAUACCUGCUACUACCAGCCGGCCUCCUUCAUGGGUGAUGGGAACUACAGCAGUUACUACUUCACACCUAUCCAGCCUCUUGUGUCCUGCAGUCACUCCUACCAGACCUGGCUUCCUUGCUGCAACUGACACCAAGAUGACCUGCUUAUCUCCAAACCUAAACAAGAAAACUGCAUUUUAAAUGUUCCUAAGAGCAGACACUUUUCUGCCACCUUGAUCUUUUCUGGAGAUCAUGAAACGAUUAGUAUGGGGUGAUCCUCCUUCAAGGCUUUCAAUCAAAUAAGCUGUUAUUCUGCAAAAGGACUACCACUAAUCGCAGCUUCCCUCUGUACUGAUGUAGGUCAAAAACCAGUGUAAAUAUUGGGUGUUUGGACCAAAGAGGAGUUAAAACACUUAAGUGCCUAUACUGCUUGAAUGGUUUUAACUCCUAGAUUCUAUAAACCAUUUCUUUAAGAUCACCUAACCAUUGUACUGGAUAUCCCAGCAGCUCACUUGUAAUGACACACCAGUUCAUUACUGAUUUGCAGUCAAUGGGUAUUUGAGCCUUUUACAUAUAAUUCUGUAGUAUGUGCCAUUUAUGUGAAGUCUGCAGAAAAAUGUUUUGUCAGUCUCUACUUCCAUUCUGCGAUUUUUGGUGCUAUGGGCAUAUAUCCUACCCAGAUUUGGGCAAGUACUUGGAAAAUAAACUAAAGUAGGGCCACAUGAUUGAACUCCACUUGGAAAAAAAAUUAUAUCACCUUUAUAGGCUGGCUGAAGUCCAGUAAAUUCAGGCUUGGUUUUAGGAAUAAAGGGAAUGUUGGGCUGUACUAUAAAACUACUAAGAAUGAAACUAAUGGCUGACAAUUGAAAUCUGAAAGUACCUGCCCUCUGAACAGAGUGGGUAAUACAUUGCUUUUAGAACUUCUCAGAGAUGAAGUUAGUGCUGUUUUACAUUUAGAAAUGAUCUGACAAGGUCACCAUACACAAUGAGCUGGAAAGAUGCAGCAGUUUGUUGCUUUUAAAAGCAGUUGGCCAUAGCUUAAAGUGAGUCGCAAACUUUAGCUUGAAUUUGUUGGGGAAGGGGGGGGGGUAGCUUGCAAUAUCAUAAUAUCUCAACUGAUAUUGUACAGUCUAAGUGGGGACUUUUUUUAUUUUAAUCUCACCACCUAUAAUCUAAAAGUACAGUUAAUUACAACAGCCCCUGGAGACCACAUAUAUGCAUACAUUUCACUUGAACAUGCAUGACACAUGAGCAUUUACUUCAUUCCAGAUUAAUUUUCAGUAGCUAGGUACAUACUAUACAAUUAUUAGGUGGAUUUGCCAAUAACUGGGUGAUCUGCCUGAUCUAAUGCAGUGUUUAUGAAUGAUUGUUUUGGGUUUUGCCAAUAAACCUGAGCAAUCUUUCCUACAACCGCUUACCUACAACUAUAGGGGCAGUAAAGACUUUUCAAUCUGGGCAUAUGUCCAGGUGUUAAAAAAAUAAAUAAAAAAUGUGUAGGUAAACCCAGUAUAUUUUAUAUCCCCCCCCCCCCCCCCCCCCCUUCUUAGCUGAUCUAAUGAGCAUUUAAAAAAAAAAAAAAUCAAAGUGUGUAGUACAGAUGUCUGGACCUUCCUCUACUUGAAUAAGCGGCCUGCUUGUUCGUCCGAUCUGAAAAAUCAGACCAUGUGUACCUAGCUUUAAGCGUCCAUUUCGUUUGUCCACUAUUAUUUAGGCCUUUGGGGGGGGAUUUUUAUUCUCAAUUGAAGUGCUGGCAUUGAGGCAAAGGUGUGUUCCCUGCCUUGUAUAAUCCAUAACCACCCAGGUCAUAAUGUAACAUGCUAGACUGCUGCAGAGAUCUGGUAAGCUAUGUCUGUGACUGCUCCCAUCCCUCCGGAACCUUUCCAGGAAUAACUGCCUGGAGAACAGUGAAAUGUUCAUAGCCGAUGACACUGCUCCCCCAGAAUGGACACUUUGGCAUGAUGGUGACACUCCUUCUAGAGCUGUGCAAUUGCUUUAAGCAGGCCUUGGU